AUGCAAAUCAAUCUACACUCUGCCUUCGUGGAUUUGAGAAAAGCCUUCCAUACGGUGAAUCCCGAAGGAUUGUGGAAAAUAAUGCAGAAAUUCGGCUGUCUCGAGCGAUUCAGUCAGAUGAUGCGUCAGCUCCACGUUGACACGACGGCGCGAGCCACGGACAAUGGGGUCGUCUCUGAGGCAUUCGCAAUGACCAACGGAGUGAAGCAGGGCUGCGUCCUCGUGCCUACCCUAUUCAGUCUCAUGUUGGAGAACGCCCACCGUGAGGAACGCUCCUAG